CCAUCUCUGCAACGUGGAAGGACAGCAACGCAAUCGUCAAUCCUACAACGUGGAACAUUAACGUAACGUUGGCAUUAAGUAAAGAAUAUCAAACGUCAAAAAUGAUUUUGUGUUACCAACAUGAUAAAUUUAAUUACUAUUAAUUGUUUUUUUAAAAUGUUAUGUCUUUCUAUAGUGGAAAUUUAAACGUAUCACAUAUGAAUUCUACAAGAUAUAUGAUGAAUAUAGUAGUUUAAUAGGAUUUAUUAAAAAUUGUCAUUAUUAUUUAUAUAUUUUAAUUUAUUAAGUAAAUAUUUAUUUUUAUCUAGAAAAGAAAAUAUAAUUAAGAUAUAAAAUAUUUAUUAAAAAAAGUAAAUAAAAUAAUAUAAAAUAUCAAUUAAAUUGUAUAAAAUUAUUAAUUUAAAUUUAUCAUUAACAAAGCAUAUUAACAUCAAAUAUAAAAAUAUUAUGAAUAUAAUUUUAAUUAAAAUCGUAUGAGUUUGGAUGAAUUUUAUUUUAAUAAAUAUUUAAAUUUUAAUUAUAAUCAUGAGCAAAAUAGCUUAAUUUUUCCCAAGGAUAAUAAUUAUAAUUUUCGAGCUAUAUAACGAUAUAUGACGUCAUUUUCUUUUCUUACUUACAGUAGAGAAUUCUUCCAACAAUUUUGUUUAAUAACCUUAAAAUUACUAUUUUUACAUAACUUCUAGAGAUUAAUAAUACUAUUUAUUAUUUGUUCACGUCUAUUAUUUAUUUGUAUUUAUUUUAUCUCUAUUUUAACUUAAAAAAGCUUUUAAUUUUUCAAGUAUCUUAAAAUAUGGAACAAUGAUGUUUAAAAGAAUUUUAACAUUAUGUACAUCAAGUGGUUCGCCUUUAACAACGUGUAUUUCAUCAACAUCAAAGGUUAUAUCUCGAUCUCUUUCGGAACAAGAUAUAGAUGUUUUGGAAAAAUGGGAUUUAUUAAGUGCUGUUUGUUUGGAACGUCAUCCAAUAAUUACAAAACCGAUGUUAGAUAUAGAAACAAAAUAUCAAAAAAUGUUACAACAUAUAGAAUUUGAAAAUAGUAUGAUAUCUGAUUUUGAAAUGCAAAAACAAACGAAAAAAAAUCAAAAAAUAAAAUUAUUUGCAUCUGAGAGUAUUUCUACUCAAACAAUACAAGAUUUCGAAGAUUCUUGGGAAGAAGAACUUACUAAGUUUAAAUUUGCAUCAAGAAUUAAUGAAAAUGAAGAGGACAAUAUCAUUGUAUCAUUGAAACGAAAAUUAGAUAAAAAUUUAAUAUUAUUAGUAGAACAAAAAAUUGGUACUUCUAAUUUUUGGAUUCCUCCACAAAGUAAAAGAAAACAUGGAGAAAGUAUGAUACAAACUGCACAUAGAACAUUACAAGAACUAUGUGGAAAUAAUAUAAAAGUAAAAUUUUAUGGCAAUGCACCAAUUGGAUUUUAUCAAUAUAAAUAUCCUAAAAAUAUACAGGAAAAAGGUCAAGAUGGGGCAAAAAUUUUCUAUUUCUUAGCAAAAUAUAUAAGUGGAGAUAUUUCUUCUAAUGUAAGAUAUUGUUGGUUAGAUAGAAAAGAACUUAAAAAAACUACACAUCCUGAUAUUUAUAAAAGUUUGUCUAAAUUCUUAUUACCCGAUUAAAUAAUUAUAGAAUAUAAAAUACAAAGUCUUAGAAUAUAUAUAUAGAAUAGAAUUAUCAAUUAUGUAUUUUUCUUUGUACAAUAAAUGAAAUAUUUAAAUGA